AAAACGAAUAACGCUUUUACUUUUUUUUUUUAUAUACGUCUUUUAUUUUGAAAGCGGACUGAAGAAGUCUGAAUGUCAGGACGCUCCAAAAUCAAACUAGGCAGCUAGUUGUUUAAUCGUUGCUCUGACCACGGCUUGUUUUUCAGAAUCAUUGUAAAGCACCUUUAUUUAACAUUAUUUUUGUAAUAUACAAUGUACGCAUGUAUACUACGCGAGCAGUCAUAUGAGACAUGGAGCGUCACCCUGGAAGCAGCAGCAGCGCUCAGCGUCAGUCUAAAAGAGAAAGAGACUUUAACGAGGACCCGUUCACUCAGAAACGGCUUCGAGCCGGUGAUGAGACGCCAGUCCCCCGGUCCCUGAGUGCUCGAGCACAGCUGUAUGAACGUGUCUUCCCUCAGUACAGACAGCCUGUGGAAGUCGGGGUCUUUUCUCUGGACUCCGAGAGAGCCUUCUUUAACGACUCCAGACAGCUGCGUUACUACGUGGAUCCGGGCAACAAACCCAACUUCAACCUGCGGGACGGUUACAGAGACCGCUUCAUUAAAAGAGAUGACGGCGUCAAGGAGAGACUUGACCAUCUAUUGCGGUGGAUUGUAGCGAACAGAGCCAAACUACGCUCCACACAUGCCUCUUCAUCCCCCUGUACACUAGGUGUAGACUUUGUCACCUGGCGAGGCCACUUAACAAAGCUGUUGACCACUCCGUAUGAGACGCAGGAGGGAUGGUUGCUGGCUGUGUCCAAGUUUGGAGGCACUCUUUACGUGAGCGAAGUGGAGACAGAGGUUGCCCGAGUCAACCGAGAGAACCGUACAGAGAGGCAUGAGGAGAUGAUGUACUGGGGCUACAAGUUUGAGCAGUACAUCUGUGCAGAUGAUGCGAAUGGCGUCCCAGACCGAGGAGGGGUUGUCAACACAAACGAGGCUUUCUGCACAGUAGUCCAGACUCGCCUAGCAGAACAUAAGCUACUCUUCUCUGGCGAGGUGGACUGCCGAGAUAAGGACCCCAGAGCUCCUCCAGCUCCGGCCUGCUAUGUCGAGCUAAAGACCUCCGCUGAAAUCUGCACCCCGAAACAGCGCAGUAACUUUCACAGAUAUAAGCUUCUGAAAUGGUGGGCACAGUCAUUUCUCCCUGGAGUUCCGCGUGUAGUUGCUGGAUUUCGAGACCAUGAUGGUGUAGUGGUGUCUGUAGAGACGUUCCACAUCUCAAAAAUAUCCCAACUGAUAAAGAACGAGUACAACUGCUGGAAGCCGACAGUCUGUAUGAACUUCUGCAGCGAUUUCCUGUCCUUUGUGAAAUCUGUUGUAAAAGAGGAUAAUCCAAGGCUGGUGUACCUGUUUGCAUGGGAACCGCAUAGAGACGUGACCUACACAGUUCACAGAGACUCCCAGUAUACGUUCCUUCCCGAUUGGUAUAUCAAGGAAAUGGCAAUUCAUCAUCACCACCAUGUGUCUAUCCCUAACAUUUAACACGGUAGUCAAUCAACCCAGAUUAUUUUCUUGUCUGACAGUUUCUUCUUUAGUUUAGUACAUGUAGCUAACAAAUAAGUGAAGCUUAUAAGCACCAGUUUGGCACUGAAGCUCCAGUGCAGAACUAAAGAAGCAAACAUACAUUGUAUGGCCAAAAGUAUGUGGACAUCUGACCAUCACACCUAUACGAUGUGCCCAUUCCAAAAUUAUGGGCAUAAACAUGGAGUGGGUCCGACCCUCCCCCUCCCCCCUUUGCUGUUAUAAUAACCUCCACUCUUCUGGGAAGGCUUUCCACUCGAUUUUGAAGCGUGGCUGUAGGGAUUUGUGCUCAUUCCAGCACAAAAGCAUUAGUGAGAUCAGGCACUGAUGUUAAAUGAGAAGGCCUGGGGUGCAGUCGGCAUGCCAAUUCCAUUCAGGUGUUCAGUGCGGUUGAUGUCUGGGCUCUGUGCAGGCCAUUUGAGUUCUUCCACAUCAACCUUGGCAAACCUUGUCUUCCUGGACCUCGCUAUGUGCACCGGGGCAUUUUUUAUGAUGAAACAGGUUCGGGCCCUUUAGUUUCAGUGAAGGAAAAUCUUAAUGCUACAGCGUACAAAGACAUUUUAGACUUGUGCUUCUAACUUUGUGGCAACAGUUUGGGGAAGACCCACACACACAAGUGUGAUGGUCAGGUGUCCACAUACUUUUGGCCAUAUAGUGUACAUGUAAACCUCACGCUUCCACAUAAUACAGUAUGAUUGAUUCAUAAGGUAACAAUUUGAUCAUGCAAAUUUCAUUUACGAAUGAUUUAGAGAGUCAGUUUAAAUCAAUCACGAGUUUAAAAAAAUGUUACCUUUAUUAAAUCGUCAUAACAUCAAUCAUUACACCCCAUUCCUUUAGUUUCUGUACAUAAAUAAGGAAGCUGCUUUUGUCUUUUGUGGAUACGCCUAUUUUUAAUCCUGUUUUGGGGCCUGACUCAUUUGGCUUUGCUACCAGAACAUGUUCAUUGCUCUAUGCUGUACUUUUAAAUGUGUGAUACUGUGUUCAUUGUUGUUUUGAGAUUUCUUAUAAGCUAUCAACAUAUUCACAUUAAAUUACAGUAACUUUUGGAACCAUCCAAGAAAAGAAAGCAAUAAAGAAACACGUCCACUGCUUGAAAACCUUCAGCAGUCAUCUAGGUCAUUUUGAAUUGCCUGACUCGGCAAUCUGGAAUGGAGUUAAAUAAUUGAAAUCGGAUUUUUUUUUAUUUUUGGGUUCACCAAAUCCCAUACCUGUGAACUCAGGAUUCAAGAUUGUGUUUAGGGUUUUUCAAGCCCUGUUGCUUCGGGAGUUUCAAGUUUGAUUUCCAAGAAUUGCUGAUACUUGGUUUGCUUAUUUAAAUUUUAAAGAGUCAGGGUUGUGUGUUAACCAAAGUAAACAAGCACUCAAGAUUUUUUCCCCCUCAAAUUACCUUUUAAUAUGGAUCUAUAUCCAGUUUCAUCAUACCCAGAUUUAAAUGAACAAAAACUAAGGAAAUAUAACAGAACAUAGUAUUUUUAAUUGAUCGUGUAAUCUAGUUUACAUUGCUCCAACUUCAGCAGACCAAUCACAGCUGGCACACGGUAUUAACAAAGUGAGACUGUUAUGUCAGAAAAUUCUGUCAAUAAGAUCAAAUAGUUAUGAUCAAGUAACAGUGUGAUUUUAGCUCAAUUUUAUACCAAAUAUAUUUCACCUCUGUGCACAGACAUGCUUAUAUUAAUUUCUUAAUGAUAAAAAAAAAAAUAAUUGUACAAGUUAAUGUUCAUAAAUAUUUGAAGCAACAGAGUCAGGGGUAGUUAUUCUGUUACACUGAACUUAAUUAUUCUAACAGAAUUUUGGAUAAGUACAUUAGUUGAAGAUUUGCAUACAAUUUGGCACACAUUUUAACCAUAAUUUGCAUUCUUUAUAAAGUAUCUUUUUUUUCCUUUUAUCUGAUGAAUGGGCUGG